AGUCCCCGAGAAGGCAGGGUCGCCCAGUCUCCUGCCUUGGGCCCUGAGGAGUUCCCCCUCCCCCCAGCACGGGUAUUAAGGCGCGCCUCUCCUCCGUCCUUCCUGACCGCGCGACGGGUGCCAGCUUUGGGCGGGGCCCUGCGGUUGUGACGGGCUCCUCCUCCCCAGCUCCUCCCAUCCCCGCCCCCUCGGGCCCUCCUGCGCUAACCGUGCUCCUUCAGGCCCCUGUGCCUGCUCCCAGUCAUGGUGGCCUGGCGUACUGCUUUCCUCGUUUGCUUCGUUUUCUCCUUGGCCACCCUGGUCCAGAGAGGAUAUGGAGACUUGGAUGAUUUUAAUCUGGAGGAUGCACUGAAAGAAACUUCCUCAGUAAAGCAGAGAUGGGACCACUUCAGCACCACAACUAGAAGGCCGGGAACGACCAGAGCCCCAGCAAAUCCAGCAGGAAGUAAUUUUGAAUUGACUGAUGCAUUAGCUGAUGGAGAUGAUGGGCGCCGAAAACCAGGUACAGGAGGAAGAGAGAGAUGGGACCAUGUCACCACUACCAAAACUAGAAGGCCAGGAACAACUAGAGCACCAUCAAAUCCCAUGGAAUCAGAUGGUUUUAACUUGGAGGAUGCCUUGGAUGAUCAAAAUGAUCUUGAUGACCGCAAAAAACCAAGUGUAGGAGAAGGAGGAGGUUUUUCAGACAGGGAUCUUGAGGACAUACUGGGAGGUGGAGGAUACAAACCUGAUAAGAAUAAAGGUGGUGGCGGUUAUGGCGGCACUGAUGACCCUGGAUCUGGCAUGUCGACAGAAACUGGCACCAUUGCAGGUGUGGCCAGUGCCCUGGCCAUGGCCCUGAUUGGAGCUGUAUCCAGCUAUAUCUCCUACCAGCAGAAGAAGUUUUGCUUUAGCAUUCAGCCAGAAGGGCAAGAGGGCCUCAAUGCAGACUACGUGAAGGGGGAGAACCUGGAAGCCGUUGUGUGUGAGGAACCCCAAGUGACAUACUCCAAACAAGAAACACAGUCUACAGAGCCUCCACCACCUGAGGCACCCCGGAUCUGAGGCCCUGUUCAGUGGCAGGUGCACAGGAAGGGUGCCACUGCUUGGGACCCAGCUCCAGAUUUCAUUUGCUGACAUUUUCCUCAAGUUUCUUCUCAUGCCACUGGCUUCUUAUUGUACUGAAUUUUCUGUACAAACAAACCUUAGGUGUUUGUGAGUGUCGUUUCUGUGCCCUGUCCUGCAGAGUAUGGUGACUCCGAAGAGACUUGGUGCUGAGACCUGAGACCUGCCUUGAGCAGAUCACGAGCAUUACAAGUUGCUGGGUCAAAGAGACAGCCUGUUUCAGCCUUAGCAUGGGAAGAAGGAGGGAGACCAAGGUGAGGGUGUCCCAGAGGAUGGUGGAGACAGCGCUGAAGGAGAACAUUUCUGCGUAAGCAAUCCCUAGGUCCUAUGAGACUCUUCAUCUAGAAUGCCGGAGGCCUUGCUGGGACACUGGCCACUAAGAGCUGUAAGCAGGUUGCUCAGCUAGCGUCUGGUACAAGUGGAGCCUCUGCAAGAAGCAGAUCGGCCAGCACCAAGUGCACCACACACACACACACACACACACACACACACACACACACACACACACACACACACACACACACACACACACACACACACACACACACCUAGGCGUUUAAAAACAUUUUGUUGUUCUCUCCACAACUUCGGGUUUCUAUUGCUCAGCUUCCAGAAAGCUUGUCCAGGUGGGGCACGAGCUCUUUAGUUAUUUUAGUGCAAGCAUGCAUCUCACAGUCACCUCACCCUGAGUUUAGGAAUCUGGAGAACGUGGGAGCUGUGACUUGCCGGCUUGAUUCCCAUCUGAUUCCAUAAGGGUCUCUGGCUGGCCUGGUAACUUCUGCAUUGGAAACACGUUUUCUACCAGGUUGGGGUAGGUGCUGACCAAUGCCUUGUACAUUAUCUUAUUUGGGUAGCAAGAGCUACAGAGCCUGAGAAUGAACAUGGAAACCAGAAGCAUGGUUGCUGCUUUACUAGGAGCAAAUGGGGACGGGGGAGGGGGUAGGGAAGCUGGUUUAGCCAAGUGGAAUGUCACUGCUGCCUUUGUAGUCCUGUAGCUUGUCCUCACUGCUAUAGUGAAGAGGGCUCUGGCCAUGUUCACUGUGAUAAAUAACAGGAAACCAAGAACUAGGGCUUCACCAGGCCCAGAGAUGCCUGCUACCACCUAGUUUGGGCCAGAGCUGGCUACUUCCUGGAUUGUUCCUUUGACUUUUGGCUCUUGGCUUCUGUGAGCUCUGCAGUGAACCCUGCAAUUGAAAGCUAAGCUAAUUUAAUGUGAACUAAUAGUUUGUCCUGUCAAAAAGCACUUCAGAAAACAGCGUGUGUCACUGGGAAACCAAGAUCCUACUUACAAAACUCACAGUUCCUCUGGAUGACAUGAUGGCCCCAUAUAUUCCACAGACUGUGAAUUGGCUCCUUCACAUUCGCUGAGCUGGGAUAAGGCAAUACCCACCUUAAGAAACCACUGAAACCUUGUGCUGUCUAAUGCAUGCCUUGAGUGUGUUUGUUCUUUAAAGACUAUUCAUGGUGGAGGGCUGGUGGUGUCAUGUCUCCAAGCAGCCUGAACACUCGUUCUCAGUGUGUACUUGUGGGCUAUGAGAUGCCCCUUUUGACUGGCCUUUGGUCCCAGGCAGACUAGGUCUGUGGAUCUGAUAGGGAGGCUGGAACACUGGGGAAAUGGCACCAAGAUGGAAGAAAAACAUGGCCUCAGGAAGCCCCCUUUGUUCUUCAGCAAGUUAAUUAGCAAGGGAUGCUUGCAAGAUGUGUCGGUUUCCAGAACCUUCUAACUUGCUGGUCAGAUUGCUGUCAGCUUCCUCAGAAUUGUGCCUCACUGACACUAAGGACAUCAAGAGAUAGCGAUGCCACCUUCUGGCCAGUGCUGAGCUAGAGGUGGCUUAAGGAAGACUUUAGUAUCUGGCCUGUUGACGUGUAGCUAAGGUAAUCUCUCAGGGGGGUUGUCUACUUUACCUUUAUGCUGAGGCCUGUCUGAUGGCAAAAGCCCUUGAACCCCACAGCCAUGAUGUAAAAUAAAUGCCCUCUUGUGAAAUUGUUUUCUCAAUAGUACUGGUUCCAGUGAAAAAGAGCUCUACUUUGCUCUCCCUUAGCUACCUCGGUGCCUUCUGCAUAAAGCCCUUCUGCAUAAAACCCAUCACUCAGCCCGCAGGCGCUAGCUAAGUGGCUGGACAGGCCUGGGCGGGCCAUCGGCCUCCUGUUCAUACAGUCUCAUCCCAGGGGCCGGGCUCCUUCUUCCCACUGGCAUUUUAUACUUGCUGGGGCAUUGUGGCCUGCAGAAGUCAUGGGACUGGUCUUCUAUGUCCCCGCUGAAAGCUGAGCUGGCCAACUUGGGCUAGUCCCAGGUAAUAGACAGGAGAAAGUGAAUAAAGUGGAAGAGCCAAUUGCCAAGAUCAGAUCUCUAGAGGUGUGACUUGACAGGAAGAACUUCAAAAAAGCUCAACAUUCUCAAGUGGCUUGAUGCAGGGGACUGCCCACCCUGCUGUGGGACAGGCCUGCUGUCUCAGCCAUUUGGGUUGUAGUUAGUACCAGUUCUCCGAGGAAAACAUGUUGGAGACUGCCAGAAUCCCUGUACAUCGUUUUAUGUGCUUGUGUCCAAGUGUGAAUUGUAAAUGGUCUAGUGUUUGCAUUAAA